AUGCUGCAUUCGCCUCAAGAUCCCGCCAUUACUUCUGAUACUUCACCCAUUCAUGAUUCCGCCACAAUCAAUCUUUCUAUUAGCAAUCUACGUCCACAUGAAUCUCUACUGCGCUGGGUCGUAGAUUCUUAUGCACAUCGUUACCUUCUAGUCGGUGUGAUGGAUCACGCGGCAACUGACGUGCCCUCCUGGCUCGAAAGUAGAGACGAGAACACUGGAGUGCUGUAUACAAGCCCUGUCGACACGAUCAAUGGCUCUUUUACUUUUCCUCGUCAAUGGCCGCUCAACUUUCGAGAAACGUCGCUCAUCAAUAUCACCUGGACAAUGAAGUAUGAAGGCGUCAAUCUGUACUACUACCAGAGAGGCAAAGUAGCCGUGUCGACACAAAUCGCCAGUAAGUGA